AUGCGCUACGCGGACCCCUCGGCGAACAGGGAUUUGUUGGGGAACCGAACUUUGCUCUUCAUCUUCAUCUGCGCCUUCGCCUUGGUGACCUUGCUGCAACAGAUCUUGUAUGGCAGGAACUACAUCAAGAGAGGCCUCCAGUUUGGUUGGCAGAGUGGCGACCAGCUGGCCAAUUGGACGGGGCUCUUUAAUGUCACGGACGACCCGGCAGUGCAGAGCGGCAGUGACUCCAGUUCCAGGUACUUUGAAUUUUACGAGGGCCCUUUUGAGUAUAACUCCACAAGAUGCCUGGAGCUGAGGCACGAGAUCUUGGAAGUGAAGGUGCUCUCCAUGGUGAAACAGUCGGAGCUGUUCGACAGGUGGAAGAGCCUCCAGAUGUGCAAAUGGGCGAUGAACAUCUCCGAAGCCAACCAGUUCAAGUCCACUCUGUCCAGGUGCUGCAAUGCCCCCUCCUUCCUCUUCACCACCCAGAAGAACACGCCCCUGGGGACGAAGCUCAAGUACGAGGUGGAUACUAGCGGCAUCUACCACAUCAACCAAGAGAUCUUCCGCAUGUUUCCCAAGGACAUGCCCUACUACCGGUCCCAGUUUAAGAAGUGUGCGGUGGUGGGCAACGGGGGCAUCCUGAAGAACAGCCGCUGCGGGAGAGAGAUCAACAGUGCCGACUUUGUCUUCCGGUGCAACCUACCCCCCAUCUCAGAGAAGUACACCAUGGAUGUAGGGGUGAAGACAGACGUGGUCACUGUGAACCCCAGCAUCAUCACAGAGAGGUUCCACAAGCUGGAGAAGUGGCGGCGGCCCUUCUACCGCGUGCUGCAGCUAUACGAGAACGCGUCGGUGCUGCUGCCCGCCUUCUACAACACGCGCAACACCGACGUGUCCAUCCGCGUCAAGUACGUGCUGGACGACUUCCAGUCGCCGCAGGCCGUCUACUACUUCCACCCGCAGUACCUGGCCAACGUGUCGCGCUACUGGCUCAGCCUCGGCGUGCGCGCCAAGCGCAUCAGCACCGGCCUCAUCCUGGCCACGGCGGCGCUCGAGCUCUGUGAGGAGGUGCACCUGUUCGGCUUCUGGGCCUUCCCCAUGAACCCCUCGGGCCUGUACAUCACCCACCACUACUACGACAACGUCAAGCCCCGCCCCGGCUUCCACGCCAUGCCCUCGGAGAUCUUCAACUUCCUGCACCUGCAUAGCCGCGGCAUCCUGCGCGUGCACACGGGCACCUGCAGCUGCUGCUGA